AAAAGAGACAGGGAAGGAGGAAGAAAAGAAGAAGAUGAAAAACUAAAUGAGAAAAAAAACUAGAAUAUAUAUUUUCUUCUGUAUGCUCUAGUGAAGUGCACUUGAAAGUUGAAGCAACAAUUUACGCUUCUCAUUUUAAUCUAGUCAUGAAACCUUUACAAAUGUGUACUUUAACAAUUAACUGUUAGUUAUUAAAAUUAAAAAUCUUUAAAUUUAAAAAGUAAUAGAUAAUUGUUAGACAAUAAGUGAUUGCAAGUCAAGAAAAUAGUGCAAAGCCAUCUGUGAUUCCUCAACAAGCUCAUAUUUCAAGUCAACAUCGGACUGUCCCUAUUCGCAAAUUACAAUUAACCUGUUAAACCCUUCAAUUAAGUUACAACCAUCUUUAACCUAAUCCCCAUUAAUCUGGUACAAUUGUUCAAUUGGUCACCAAAUUACCUCGACAUCGUUAUGAUUGCCGUCUGACAGCUGAUGUUAUAUCUUCUGACUGCAAUUUCACUAGAUUACAAUGGAACUACUUGUUAGUGUAACGGUUGAUAACAAAAGGAUUUGAUUAAUGUUGAUCCAGCGGAAAGUUAAUUGUGAUAUUAUUGAUCCUUAACCAAACAUCCACCUAAAGCAAUUAAUCAACUCAACUCGUGAACGGAUUAAUUUGAUCAAGUGCUUAGCAGUUAAUAAGAUCAAUCCACUAGAUGUAAUGGUGAUAGAAUAAGAUAAAGUUAUUUUUCCGUUUUUUUUUCCUUUUCUUUAGUUUUAUUUUUUCAUUCUUUUUUUACCAAUUCACAAUUAAUCACCAUCAACAUGUCCUCCAUCAAUAUCAUCAACGUCUAGUAAAUCAUAAACAAGAGUACAAUUGGUAAAAGGGUUAAAAUCAUUCUCAACAUUGUCAUCAACAAACAGACAAAGUGCAACAUGGCAACAAUACUUUCACCUUCAAUAGGAAUAUUAUCUCUCAUAAUGAUCAUCAUACCUCGAACCAUAGCUUCAAUGAUACCAAGGUAUCAAAAUUUCACGGAAAAACAGAUUCUCGAUGAUCUAACCGCACCGCCCAAAUACGAUCAAUAUGUUCUGCCAACAGAAGCUACAAUGACCGUUAAUGUGAGCGUAUUAAUGCUCUCAAUGUCAUCACCAGAUGAAUCUAGUCUUAAAUAUGAGAUUGAGUUUUUACUCUUUCAAGAUUGGAUCGACCAUCGGUUAAGAUACGAUGAUGACGGUCACCAUCGUUAUCUCAAUGCACUCCGACAUCGUGAACACCUUUGGAGGCCAGACACUUACUUUAUCCUUCACGGUGAGUUUAAAACUCACAAUGAAGCCGGACCCAUUAACAUGGCGUUCAAAGUUUAUCCUAAUGGCACUGUGCUAUACAUAACAAGGCAAAAAAUGAUCAUCACCUGUGAAGGCGAUCUCAAUAUAUUUCCCUUUGAUAAUCCUAGAUGUUUUUUUGCAGUUGAAAGCAUGUCUUAUGAAGCUUAUCAAUUAGAGUUUCGUUGGAAACCAGAACAUGAGAUUCCCAUUUUUAAUUCAAACUCAUUUCGCUCCUUGAAUGCAUAUUUAUCUAAAAAUGCUGCUGGACGGUGUCGUAUUCAUCAUUCAUGGAGAAGUGAAUUUUCAUGUUUAAGUGUCUAUCUAAUCUUUACCAGGGACAAAUUAUUUUAUUUAACAACCGUUUUUGUGCCUGGAAUGGUUCUUGUUACCAGUUCAUUUAUCAGCUUUUGGCUUGAUGUUAAUGCUGUCCCAGCUCGAGUAAUGAUUGGUGUAACCACCAUGUUGAACUUUUGUACAACAACAAAUAGUUUCCGAUCUUCACUCCCUGUUGUCUCCAAUUUAACAGCAAUGAACCUUUGGGAUGGAGUUUGUAUGUUUUUUAUUUAUGCAUCUAUGAUUGAGUUUAUCGUUGUAAACUAUUUACACCGUAAAAUCCAUCAGAAUCCAUUAAGAACGACUGAUUCAGCUGAACGACCGGGUGAAACAUUUCGUGCUGCUUUAGGAACUCAAAUCUCAAGUAAUGGAAGAAAAGUGGAUCCAACAUCUCAAGAGGUUUUGGCUCCAGGCGAGUUUGAAGUUCGAGCUCCAUUAGUUUCAGGAGAAGAUCCAUCAUCAGGUAUUCCAUUGGGCAGUGCUCGACAUGGGCUUCACCAUCGAGCUUCAGCCGGAGGAAUUGGUCGUUGCCGAUCACCUGGAUCAUCAACACUACCCACUGAUGAGCGAAUCAGAGCAGCAGCCUCUGUCUUCGCCUGGCUUCGUCGUCCUCACCUUUGGGACACAGCCGAGUUUUCAUCUUAUGCUCGACUUGCUCGAUCCAUUGAUCACAUCUCCAAGUUUGUUUUUCCCCUUCUUUUUGGAGUCUUUUCACUCUCCUUUUUCAUCUACUUUGCCUGGUUUUCACCCUCAAAACUGGAUAAUUGGGCUCACCUUGAGUAUCAUCCUUAUGAUAUAGUUUGAUCCGUUGACAUCACCAACUUCACCAAACUUCAACAUCAUCCAACACUAAAUGCAUAGCUUUUGCUUUUCCCAAAAAAAA